GGCUUCUGCAGUACCUGAUGGUCAUGCAAUCAUUUGGAUCAGCAGGGGGGCGUGAGGACUGGAAUUGAGAGGCACAGCUUUACUAGGAUGGCUGGGCAGCUCUGGCAUGGAGGAGGACCUUGAAGCCUUCCUUCGAUCAAGGCAUGUUAUGGAAGAAGACAUAAAUCAUAUGAAAGCUGAUAAGAUUGACAGAGGCGUCAUUUCUGUCAUGAAAGAUGAAGAAUUUGCUCGAUAUGUCCCUUCGUAUGGUGACCGCUUGGCUGUUAUGUCAUUUUGUCGACAGAGGGAAGCAAAUUUCGACAAGGAAGGCAUUUUAAAUAGAAUUAGACAAACGAUUGAGACAAGGCUGAUGACAAGGAAAAGACAUGUUGAAGUACCCCAGCAAACAACUGUGAGAAAUUCUGGCUUGAUGGCAAGACCUAAAAACAACAAUGCAGUAAAAUCCAAACGCAGAGUUGAAGUGGGAUGGCUGCAUUUUCAAAGCGGAGAUUUUCAUCAAGUGAGGUCCAAAUUUGGAGGUGGAACCAGACAUCUUGCACUCGAGAAAAACACCACUGUGUCAGAAGUCAUGACCAUUGCAAGAGUUGUUUUUUCCUUGUGGAUUAUCAUCAAAGGGAUCCAUUAUGGACUUUACACUUAGCAUGUGCGACUUCAAAAGACAAACUGUAUCUCUGGACGGUACUCUUACAGAACUGUAUGAACAGUUUAAACUUAAAAUGUUACGGCUUUAUCUGUGCACCAAGGACUUGGAGCAUUCCUCAUAUUCAUCAGAGGACCAAGAAGACUUUGAACAGCCUCACAAUGUUGGAAGACAUACUCGACACUCGACUUCUGCCCCUUCUGCUGAGCCAUUAACGUCAAUGAAGUCUUUGCAAGGCUAUACGUCAGGAAACUCAAGCCAGCACCUUAUCUCAGAUGAUGAAGCAUCGCUGAGUCCACAACCCAAAGCUUUACCAGAUGGAACUGAAGGUCAUGAUCCAGUGUAUGUCAUUGAUGACAAUGUGGAACUUUUAUAUCCUGCAUUACAUUCAACACCUGGUCCCUCAAACCAGGAAACUGAGUAUUUCUAUGCAGUUGAUGAUAUGGAAAACCCAGUGGUAAUUCAAGAAACCGAAACUGUGACGGUCAACUUCAACAACAUUGACGGUCUGGAUGAGAUGGAGGAUUCUGGAGUAGUUCAAAUAGGGUCAAGGUCACAAGAUGGUGAUGGUGAGCUUGCUUCUACUCUUCCUAUGAUGGACAGUCCUAUUGAGAUGGAAGCCGGAAACUUUUCAGAAGCUCCACAAACGGCUGUAGUACACAUGAUCCCUUCAACAGCAAAUGAUGCAUUACCGUCUGCUACUCGAGGUGUAGUACAUCCCAAAGACCCAAGGUAUGCACAUAUCCGGCAUGCCAUGGUCAUAGAUGACCUUCUUAAUUUGUUCAUGGACAAAAGUAUAAUGGAAUCGGAAUUAAAAAUGGAAUUUAAUAAUGAAAUGGCUGUGGACAACAGUGGAGUAUCAAGGGAUGUGUAUACAGCUUUCUGGGAGCAGUUCUUGGAGCUCUGUGAAGGGGAGGAGGAGAGGGUGCCAAAACUCAGACCAGACUUUUCUGAAGAGAGGUGGUAUGCACUAGGCCGAAUUUGGGCAGAAGGACUCAUUGAUCAUGGCAUAUUUCCAGUCAGGUUGUCCAAGGCAUUCAUAAUUGCCUCUGUACUUGGUCUUCAAGCUGUAGAAGAAGUAGUUUUGAUUUCCUCCUUCUCCUAAGUAUUUGUCAGAGAGCGAGCGAAGUAUCAUUGAGAAGGCCCUCAGUGAUGUACUGGAAGAGGAUGAGGAGGACAAUUUGUUGGAUCUGUUUUCACAGAUGGGGGCUCACAGCAUUCCAUGUCAGGAAAAUGUCAAGCAAGCAAUAAAAGUCAUGGCUCAUAAAGUCAUAUUGCAAGAACCAAAGUACAUCAUGGAUUGCUUUUGAGAUUUUCAAAAACAUUGAUUGCAUUGAAUCUGUCUCAUCCAGCUGAUGUCCUUCAUUUAUACGACUCUAAAAAACCAACAAACAAAAAAGUAGUUGACAUGCUGCAAACAGAGGCUUUGUCCCUAUCACAAAAAGAACAGACAACAUUUACUUACUUGCAAAGGUAUAUUAGGAAUGCAGAUCAGCACAAACUAGAGAAAUUCUUGCGAUUUUGCACAGGUUCGUCAGUUUUAUGCACAGAAGAAAUUAAGGUGACCUUUAAUGCUGAAACAGGUUUUGGGAGAAGACCUGUUGCACACACAUGUGGAGUAAUCAUUGAUGUGCCUUACACUUACAGUUCCUACCCGGAAUUUAGAGCAGAGUUUGACAGUAUCUUGGCAAGCAAUUUCAUGUUGAUGGAUAUUAUUUAAGCUUGAAAAGGUAGUUGACAUCUUUGCUAAAAUAAACACUCUAUUUUGUAUUAUCAUCAACCAUGUUCAUGAUGCUGUGAUUGUUAAACUGUGGUAUUCCAUUUUCAAUGCUUAAAAGCUGUGCAAUGUCUAAAGGUUUGUUAGCAUGAAAAACUAAAGGGUAAACAAUUUCCAAUUUUGGAUCAUUUGCAGAAUUAUAAUAAUCGCCUGUUGCAAUUAGACCAGUAGUUGGUUUUCACAUUUGUUGAGUGAAAUUGAGUUCCGACACUCAGCUGAAAUUUUAUUUGGAUGUUUUAAUAGUCCAGAUGUUUACAGAAAAAUGCUUGCAAUACAACUAAAUUCAGAGUUUGACAAGUUCAUCAAAAAUACUUUUUCUUUACCCUUUUCUGUUAGUAUGAACAAUGUUGACAACAUAAGAUAACACUUGUUAAAAAGAUGUUUCUUUUAAAAUGUUCUACCUCAAUGUGAAAGGGUGUGUUUAGGAAUUAAACUAAAGUGCAAACAAGUCCCAUUUUUGUAAUUUUGACAGUUUUAUCCAAUGGUUCCUGCUCAUAUUUGAGCAGUACAGUUGCUGUAUUUUUGUCUUUAUCCAAGUAGGUUUUGAAAUUCUUAAUUUUAGGUGGUUGUAUGAAGUACACAAGAAAAAUACUUAAAACACAACAAAAUUAAGAGGGUUUGUAACAUCCGCUAACUUUGGUUUUCUGGUGACCUUUGUGUGUUUUUUGCUUUAGUGGAGGGACCCAAAAUGUUUUCUUAAGCUAUUAUUAAA